GGCCAAACGACAACCAACAUGAGUCACACACACACACACACACAAUCUCACAUUCCUUGCAACGUGGUAUGUUUUGCUUGUGCUUGCAGUGAUCCGGCACAAUCCGAGGAACAGCUUCGAGCGUCAAUCAACCAGCAGUUGAUUGAGAGCGGACAGAAAGAGAGGCUCAAGGCCAUGCUCAGAGAUGAGUUGAAGAAGAGCAAUUGGCGUGAUCGCGUGCGCGACUUGGCAAGCGAGAUGGUACCGGAGGAAGUGAAGAUGAAGCUCAUGGCCAAUAUUCAACGCAGCCUGCGGCAAACUGUCGACGAGGAUAAUGCCUCAUCUAACUGA